CUAUUGUUUGUCUAUGUAAAAUAUUGAUAGAAUUUUUAUUAAGACUAUUAUUUUUGGGUGCUACUAGCAUUCUAUUAAUGGUAUAUCAGUUGUCAAUAUCUAACAACACAAUACCAAGUUUAUUUUAUAACCUUAAAAUGCUAUACCAUUCAAUUGCUACCAAAGAGAGACAUACAUGUCCAAAUUUUGUGAGCAACUGUCUCCAAAAAAAAAAAAAAAUAAAUAAAUAAAUAAAUUAAAGCUUCACUGCUUCAUUAAGGACUUGAUCUAUGAUGCUUGUUCGUUUACUUCGCUUUAACUUGUCAUAUUUUUCAGGUACAAUGCCAUUGAUAGGUGAUAUCGGUGGACACGGUGUAAGGAUGACCAACAGCAACCAAAGCUCAAUGCUAAACCAAACUGAACAGAAUCAUCAAAACCAGGGUAACAUUUGCAACAACAUGAAUCCUGACCUACACACCAAUCAUGGGACCAAAAUUCCCAAGUUUAAGGCCCCAGUAAUGCCAUUUCGUGAACAAGAUCAUUACAUGCCAAUUGCAAAUUUGGUCCGGAUCAUAAGGCAAGUCCUUCCCAGCAAUGCAAAGGUGGCUGACGGGGCCAAAGUGAUGCUGCAGGAAUGUGUUUCAGAGUUCAUCAGCUUCAUCACCAGUGAGGCUAAUGAGAAAUGUCAACAGGAACACCGCAAGACUAUAACAGCUGAAGAUGUUAUUGUGGCAAUGUCUAGGCUUGGGCUUGAUCACUAUGUUGAGCUGCUAUAUAUAUACCUCCAAAAGUACCGAGAGAACGAGCUGUAUCCACCAGUCCCUAGGAGCGGUUUUGAGAACAUUGCUUUUGCCACUAAUGGCUUGCCCUCUUUUGUUGGGGUUCAUCCUCAAUCUGCUAUGUUUAGUACUUCAUCUGGCACAGACUGUGGACCAAUAAGUACAAGUCAAGGCUUGUACACAUAUCCUGUUGGUGAUAGUAUUGGCCCAAGUUUGGCUCUUGGAAUUGGUGAAGCAAGUGAAAGUGAAGGAGUCGGUCCAUCUGAGCCACCUCACACCGAUCAGUAUUUCUGUAGCCCAUGUGGUCAUUACAAGUAAGAAAACGGUAAAGGGAAGGUAACUAGGAGAGGAUUGAUAUCUUACUAUAUCUAUGGGAG